UUGAUAGAUAAAAUAAAUGUCACUGCAAAAUCAUUGUGAAAAAAAAGAACUUCAUCUAGGAGGAAAAAUCUUAUUGAAUUGUUAAAGAAAAAUCAACUUAAAUUAAAUAAUUUUGUGGAAAAUAUGUUUGAAAAAUAACAAAUAAAGCCAGUAAAACUAAAAGCAGAGAGCAAGAAGAAAAUUAACAAGGAAGAAAGAAAAAAACGAAAGAAAACCUUUUUUUUGUAAAAAAAAAAGAAAAUAGGGAAAUAUUUAAAAUAUUUGCUAUUUUUUUAAGUAAACAAAAACAUAAAAUUACAUAUUAUUUAAACAAGUGCAAUGGAACAAGUUAAAGGCUCUUUGGGGAGUCAAAUGCAAACACCACAACAACAACAGCAGCAACAACAACAAAAUCAAUCAAAGAAAAAAUCUAAAAAUAAAAAGAAAAGCUCCAAAAAUGAGUCAAAUACUGUGACAAGGUCUAAUGAGGAACAUGAACUGCAGCAGCAGCAGCCAAUAGAGGGGGUGGUGGCGUUGGAAAAUGGACUGACAGAUCAAUUGAAGCAACAGCUGCACAUAAGCAACGACAGCAACAGCAGUAGUUGUAGUAGUAGCAACAGCAACAACAAGGUCAAUGGCCUGAUGACAGAAAAUUUGAAAAAAUCUAAAGCCUGCCCUCCCACUACUACAACUUCUAAAACUAAUAUAGCAACAAACGAUAACCAACAAAAACAACCUGCUUUAAAUGGCCAUCAUUUGGAUAAGGACAAGUUGUCCGCGGUUAAUGGACAAGAUGAUGGCACUUGUCAACAACAGGCAGUGAAUAAAAAAUCAAAACGGAAACCCAAUAACAAAAAGAAUAACAGUUCUUUAGAGGACAAUGAAAACCAACUGGAGAACGGCCACUGCCCUGAAACCGUUACAAAUGGUUUUAGCCAUCAGGAACCACAAAUUUUAGCAAACGAAACAAAACUAAACACUGCCAUGAACGCCACCAACAACAACUCUACUAGCACACCUAGCAACAAUAAUAUUAAAACGAAAGCAGACAACUGUUCGAAACAGCCAACUAAAGAACAAGAAACACAAGAGGAAUCAUCGUCCUUGGAGUUAGUUACUUUAAGUAAAAGUCCCGAAUUGGAUUUAACAAAUGUUCAUAUUGAGUACAAGGAAUAUGAGUCUGAACUGCAGAUGCAUGACAUUAUGCGUUUAAUACAAGCUGAGUUAUCCGAGCCUUACUCGAUCUAUACUUAUCGUUAUUUCAUUUAUAAUUGGCCCAAAUUGUGUUUUUUGGCGGCCCAUGGCAAUGAGUAUGUGGGUGCUAUAGUGUGCAAGCUGGAUAUGUACAUGAAUGUGAGGCGUGGCUAUAUAGCCAUGUUGGCCGUGCGCAAGGAAUAUAGGAAAUUGAAAAUUGGCACAACCCUAGUGCAAAAAGCCAUAGAGGCCAUGUUAGCCGACAAAGCCGAUGAAGUUGUUUUGGAAACUGAAAUGAGCAAUUUGCCCGCUUUACGUUUGUAUGAAAAUUUGGGUUUUGUACGUGAUAAACGUCUAUUUCGUUAUUAUUUAAAUGGUGUCGAUGCUUUACGUUUAAAAUUAUGGUUUAGAUGAGAUCUUUAGUAAAAAAACAAACACCCUCCCCCAUCACCCAGCGACAACAAAAAUCAAAUAAUGCUUGUAAAUCAUAAAAUAUUUUCUUUAAAUUAAGUUUUUUUUCUAGAGGAACCUAUCAACCCUACCUUAUCUAUACUUUAACCAUUAAAUUCAGCAACAUGUAACAAAAAAAAAACACAACAUUUUUAUUUAAAACAUCAUUUUGAUUUAAUAAAACAAAACAAAAGGAAAAAACACAAACAAAUAA